AUGGCGACAAUGACGAGCUUAAUUGGGCUGAUAAACAAAAUCCAAAGAGCGUGCACCGUCCUUGGCGAUCAUGGCGGCCAAGGAAUGUCUCUCUGGGAAGUUCUCCCUUCUGUUGCUGUUGUUGGUGGCCAGAGCUCUGGGAAAUCUUCGGUUCUGGAGAGCAUUGUAGGAAGGGAUUUCUUACCUCGAGGAUCUGGCAUUGUUACGCGGAGGUCAUUGGUGUUGCAACUUCAUCAGAUAGAAUCUGGGACUGAAUAUGCAGAGUUUCUUCAUGCACCAAGGAAGAGGUUCACUGAUUUUGCUGCCGUUCGUAAGGAGAUUUCAGAUGAAACAGAUCGAAUAACUGGGAAGACGAAGCAAAUCUCUAAUGUUCCAAUUCACUUGAGCAUAUAUUCUCCACAUGUUGUCAACUUAACACUCAUAGAUCUUCCUGGGUUGACAAAGGUUGCUGUAGAAGGACAGUCAGAGACUAUAGUCUCGGAUAUUGAGAACAUGGUUCGUUCUUACGUUGAAAAGCCUAACUGCAUCAUAUUGGCUAUUUCACCUGCUAAUCAAGACAUUGCCACUUCCGAUGCCAUAAAACUUGCAAGAGACGUGGAUCCAUCAGGUGAAAGAACUUUUGGGGUGGUAACGAAACUUGAUCUCAUGGACAAGGGAACAAAUGCUGUGGAUGUUCUUGAAGGCAGGGCAUACAGGCUUCAACAUCCUUGGGUUGGAGUUGUGAAUCGUUCUCAAGCUGACAUAAAUAAGAAUGUUGAUAUGAUUUUUGCACGCCGAAAAGAGCGUGAAUAUUUUGAAACAAGCCUUGAUUAUGGACACUUAGCGAGUAGAAUGGGAUCAGAGUAUCUUGCAAAACUAUUGUCUGAGCAUUUAGAGCUUGUUAUCCGGCAGCGCAUACCAAGCAUCAUUGCCUUAAUAAAUAAGACCAUUGAUGAGCUCAAUGCAGAGUUGGACCGCAUUGGCAGACCUGUUGCGGCUGAUGGAGCGGCCCAGUUAUAUACAAUUUUAGAACUCUGCCGUGCAUUUGACCGUGUCUUCAAAGAGCACCUGGAUGGAGGGCGACCCGGUGGGGAUAGGAUAUUUGGAGUUUUUGACAACCAAUUACCGGCUGCUUUGAAGAAGCUACCGUUUGAUCGCUAUCUUUCAUUAAAGAAUGUCCAAAAGGUUGUGACAGAGGCUGAUGGAUACCAGCCACAUUUGAUUGCUCCAGAACAAGGAUACAGAAGGCUCAUCGAGGGUGCUAUCAGCUAUUUCAAAGGGCCAGCUGAAGCCUCCGUGGAUGCUGUGCACUUUGUAUUGAAAGAGCUUGUAAGGAAGUCGAUAGCUGAAACACAGGAACUGAAGCGAUUUCCGACGCUUCAAACUGACAUAGCUACCGCUGCAAAUGAAGCAUUGGAAAAAUUCCGAGACGAAAGCCGGAAAACAGUGUUACGGUUGGUGGAGAUGGAAUCCAGUUACUUGACGGCCGAUUUUUUCCGGAAGCUUAAUGCGGAACCGGAAAAGAUUACCGGGAAGAAGUCUAGUGCAGAAGCAGAGAAGAAUGCAAAAACAGAAUCGCCCUCCGGAUUGGGGGAGGCUAAGAGGUCACUGCUGAGCAACUUUUAUGCUCAAGUAGGAAGGAGAGAGAAGGAACGACUGAGUGCAAUGCUGGAUGAAGACCCUCAACUGAUGGAAAGGCGAAUGCAACUUGCCAAGCGUCUGGAGCUUUACAAAUCCGCAAGAGAUGACAUUGAUUUAGUCGCAUGGAAAUGAAUAUGAUUCUU